AUGUUAAUUGUGCUAAUUAUAUUAAUUUUUGUAGCCGAGAUCUCGAGUAACUCAUCAUCGAAAGAGCAUCCGCCUGUUUCAAAUGACUACGGUAAGAUCUGCCUCCUCAUCUUCCUCUACGUCCUCCAAGGCGUUCCUCUGGGCAUUGGUUCCAGCAUUCCUUACCUGCUGCAAGCUAGGAAGGUCAGCUACACCGACCAGGCACUCUUCAGUUUCAUCUACUGGCCAUUUAGUUUGAAGUUGUUGUGGGCACCGAUCGUUGACUCUUUGUACUGCAAUAAAAUUGGAAGAAGGAAAACGUGGCUGGUGCCUACUCAGUAUCUCAUGGGCAUAUUCAUGCUCGUUCUGUCGAGACACAUCAACUCGUUGAUGGGUGACGAUGGGGAGGGUGGGGCGAACAUGGCACUCCUCACCGCCAUAUUCUUCUGCCUCAACUUCCUGGCUGCCACUCAGGACAUUGCCGUCGACGGCUGGGCGCUCACAAUGCUCAUGGAUACAAAUAUUGGCUGGGUCUCUACAUGCAACACAGUUGGGCAGACCAUUGGGUUUGUGAUGGGCAACAUCGUUUUUCUGUCGUUGGAGUCUGCUGAUUUUUCCAACAAAUAUUUGAGGUCCACGCCACAAGAAGGAGGAGUUAUUUCAUUCUCUGGUUUUUUGUUGGUGUGGGGUGUUAUCUUUCUGCUCACUACGACGCUAGUGUUCUUAUUUAAGAGUGAACGAGAUGAACUGCGCGAACAUGAGAAGCACAGCAUCAAAAAGGUUUACCAACUGCUUUGGGAGAUUGUCCAGCUGCGUUCUGUCUUCACCCUCAUGUUCAUCCUGCUCACUAUUAAGAUAGGAUUUGCAGCAGCGGACACUGUAACGGGAUUGAAGUUGAUAGAGGCAGGGGUUCCGAAGGAGCACCUGGCCAUGUUGGCAGUCCCGAUGAUCCCAUUGAACAUCGUCAUUCCCAUCCUCAUCACCAGGUGGUCCUCGUCCAGGAAGCCUGUCAAUCUCCUCCUCACAGGCAUGCCUUACAGAUUAUUCCUGGGCCUGAUAUAUGCCCUGAUCGUGUGGUGGGCUCCAUACACAAAGACGACAUCAGCAGCCGGUGAAGUGACGUUCCCUGCUUACUUCUACGGCAUCAUGUUGUUCGCUUCUGCCCUUCAUCAGAUUGCAGUCUACUGCAUGUACGUACCCAUGAUGACUUUCUUCGCCAACAUUAGUGAUCCUGCCAUCGGUGGCACCUACAUGACGCUGCUGAACACCAUUUCAAAUUUAGGCAGCAACUGGCCGCAGACAGUUUCUCUCUGGUUCGUUGACAAGUUGACGAUGACAGGAUGUCAGGAUGAAACUGGCGAAUGCGUUCCCCCCUGCAAGGUUUCCUGCGUAUAUCUUGAUGGUUACUACAUAGAAUCUGUGGUGUGUUGUAUCAUCGGCUUUCUCUGGCUUCUCGUCAUGUCGAAGAGGGCUAGGAGGCUGCAGAAUCUAAGAAGUAACGAUUGGGUCAUCUGCAAACCAUGCCCCUGA